AUGCGCUCGGCAGCACUCCUCGCCCUCCUCCCAGUGCUCGCCGCCGCGGCCGUCCUGCCCGACGCGCAUGCGCCCGUCCGCAAGUCGGUCUCCUAUGGCCCCGCACACAAGCACUCGACCUGGGAGCUCCACCCCGAGCACUCGGCCUCGCUCUCCUCUGAUAGCGACCCUCUCAAGAUUGCUGCUGGCUUCAUCUCUGAGAAGCUCGGCACCACCGAGGGAGAGGGCUUCUACAUCCGCGACGACUCGUACACCGAUCCCCGCACGCAGGUCACCCACGUCUACGCCCGUCAGGUCCUCAACGGCCUCGAGGUCAGCGAUGGUGACAUCAACCUGAACAUUGACCGUCAUGGUCGCGUGCUCUCGUGGGGCAACUCGUUCCACCCUGGAUCUGAGAUUCCCCUGAUGGACUACAACCGCGACACGAACUCCGCCUGUACUGAGGUCAUCAAGGCCGCCAACGACCACCACGCCGCCUUCCAGAAGACCAAGCGCCCGACCGGCGCCUUUGCCAUGGCCAAGCAGGCGCUCUCCGCUUGGCUCAACGGCGAGAUCGAGGAGUGGGUCGAGGUCGACGAGCACACCAAGGAGAACAUCCGCAAGAACAAGCAGCACGUUGACAACCACGUCGUUCUCUGCGAACGCAUGCCCAACAAGGGCAUGAAGAGCCCCACGGAGGUUCUGGCUCACUUCCUCCCUCACCUCUCGGACAACGCGAUUGCUCUCGACCCGUCCCUCCUCCUUGCGACUCCCGAGCACAGCCUCAAGCCCAAGAAGGCUCACGCCGAGCCUCCCACCGAACGCAUCUCGGGUGAGAUUCUCCGUGCCUUUGACGUCGUCGCCGACAUUCCCGCUCGUCUCAUGUGGACCCAGACCAGCGACGGUCUCCCCGUCCUCGUCUACAAGUUCGAGAUUGAGAUGAAGGACAACUGGUAUGAGGCUUAUGCCGACGUCCACACCGGCCAGAUCCAGCGCAUCGUCGACUGGGCCUCUGACGCUUCGGACCACCACCAUGUCGACGCCCGUGCCGGCAAGCAGAAGCCCCUGCCUUCUGAGCCCAACGGCGAGCACGCCUCGUACGAUGUCUUCCCGUGGGGCGUCAACGACCCCACCACUGGCAAGCACCAGGUCGUCAAGGACCCCUGGGACUCUGUGGCGUCGCCUCUCGGCUGGCACACGUUCCCGACCAAGUCGAACCCCUGGCCCAACGCCAAGUUCCCCGGCUCGUACAAGCACGGUGGCAACACGACUGUCGCCUCGACCAUCGGCAACAACGUCCUCGCCCACGAGGACUGGGAGGGUCGCAACAACUUCCUGGACAACCACCGCCCUGUUGCCAAGGACAUGAACUUCAAGUACGACUACGGAGAGCCGGACGGCCUCGCUCCCAAGGAGUACGUCGACUUUGCGAUCACGCAGCUCUUCUACACGUGUAACGCGUACCAUGACCUGCUCCACCGUCUCGGCUUCGACGAGGUCUCUGGCAACUUCCAGAUGUACAACUUUGAGAAGGGUGGCCGUGGUGGUGACCCCGUCAUUGCCAACGCGCAGGACGGCUCUGGCUACAACAAUGCCAACUUCAUGACGCCGCCGGACGGUCAGGCGCCCCGCAUGCGCAUGUACAUCUGGGACACUGCCACUCCUUACCGUGACGGUGACCUCGAGGCUGGCAUCGUUAUCCACGAGUACUCGCACGGUCUGUCCACCCGUCUCACCGGUGGACCCGCCAACUCUGGCUGUCUCGGUUGGGGUGAGGCCGGCGGCAUGGGCGAGGGCUGGGGAGAUGCCAUUGCCACCCUCAUUCGCCAGGUCCACGAGCGCAAGAAGAACGACGACUCGGACAAGUACCCCAUGGGUGCCUGGGCCGCGAACCAGAAGUCCGGUAUCCGCAACUACAUCUACAGCACGAACUCGACGGACAACCCGUCGACGUACAAGACGCUCGACAAGCCGGGCUACUGGGGCGUGCACGCGAUCGGCGAGGUGUGGGCUGAGUUCCUGUUCGUGCUCAACCAGCGCCUGAUCGAGAAGUACGGCUUCAGCGACACGCUCUUCCCUCCCGAGGACCCGUCCAAGCCCAACGACUACUACACGAAGACGCUCGAGGUCGACGAGACAGGCAAGCCCAAGCCCCUCGUCCCGAAGCACGGCAACACGCUCGCGCUCCAGCUCAUCGUGUCGGCGAUGAAGCUGCAGCCGUGCCGCCCCUCGUUCUUCGAGGCGCGCGACGCCAUUGUCCAGGCCGACGAGAUCCUGACCGGCGGAGAGAACGCGUGCAUCAUCUGGAAGGCGUUUGCCGAGCGCGGUCUCGGCGCCGACGCCAAGAUUGUCGGCCAGACCCCCUGGGGCGGCGGCGUCCGCGAGGACGGACACAAGGUGCCCCCCUCUGCUUGCAAGAAGUAA